GUUCCUUUGUCUGUUUCUCCUGAUUAACGACUUCAUUAUCCCAUGGAUGCUCAAGGGUCCGUCACCACAGCUAUUCCCACGGCUGCACCUAGCAGCUCCACAACGACCUCCAACGCAGGCAAUACUGAUCCUCCCAAUCCCAACGUUCCCUCCAAUUCAACGAGUACAGGUACAGCGGCGGCCGCCAUGGCCGCUGCAGCCGCUGCUGUCGCCGCCGAUGAGGAAGCGAUCCGCACCCAAAAACUGGUAGAAGAAUUUCAAUACUUGCUGGAAAAAAGCCAAAGCCUGUUUAGUGGAUUAAGCCCCACUAGAGACUUGCCGCCGACAGGAAGUCAUCGACAAUGGAGACCGUAUUUUGAAAAAACAUUCGAGGUUUACACAAAGUUGUGGAAGUUUCAGCAAUCACAUCGACCAGUGCUGGAGAACAAAAAUAAUUAUGGCUUGAAGCGCUGGGAAGUGGGUGAAAUUGCGAGUAAAAUUGGCCAGCUGUACUAUCACUAUUAUCUAAGAACAAGUGAAACCAAUUACCUGUACGAAGCUUACAUCUUUUACGAAGCUAUUCAUGAACGGCAGUACUUUAAAGACAUUCUGGAAGUGAAAAAUCCGGCCCUGAUGAUCAAGAAGAUGCGAUAUUAUGCGCGAUUUAUCGUCGUGUGCCUCUUACUGAACAAGGAUGAUAAUAUUCGUUUGCUGAUCAGUGAACUUGAAGGACUGAUUGACGAGUAUACCAAGAGUUUCAAAAUGUCGGAUGCGAAAGAGUGGCAAAUGGUCCUUGAUGAGAUCAGUACCUUCAUGGAAGCGGAGAAGAAGCUGGUGCCCAUCAGCACUGACAGGACUCCAAUGACAAUCAUGCAUCGUUUACCGUCCUAUAGCGUCUCGAAAGAGAAAGAGAGCGCACGAUUAAAACUCCAAGAAGCCAUCCUAGUUGGCAACUACCACAACCAAAUCAAGUUCUCUGAACUGACGCUGGACAUGUAUCGUAUGCUUCAAUCUCUUGAACGAAAGCCAGAUGUCAGUAAACCUUUGCCUCCACAAAAUCUUAAAUCGACCGAACGGUCAUCCGCCAAUGAGAAACGGGAACCAGGAGCCGCCGUCAAGGACGAUGCCAAGAAGGACGCGCCGUCAACAGCAGCAGCAGGUGCCACAGCCGCAUCACAACAAACGUAUGGCGCCACAGGUUCUCAAGCACAGUACGUCGACAAAUCGUUGAAGCGAUCUAAUCCUCACAAAUACCUUUUGUAUCGGCCUUCGUUGAGCCAACUCCUGGUUUACAUUUCAACUGCGUAUAAAGAUAUCGGGGACAAUGCAGCCAUGUUGCUUUAUCUAUCGGCUGAUGGCAUUGCUUAUCCUGAACCGACGGUACCGGGCUAUGGAGGUGGCGUUGCCACCAGUCAGCGAAAACCGACCAUUCCCGAACGGUCCGAUGAACCGAUGGUGCCACUGAGCCAUUGCUUACAUCCGGCUGAUUUGACCCCUUUCACGCGCAAACCUUUAUUCCUAAUCGUCGACAGCAGCAAUAGUACCGUAUUCAAAACGAUUCCGGCCGUCUUUGACCAGCCCGUGAUGUGCCUGCUGUCACCGCUAGAAUACCCAUCGUCUGUCCAGGAUAAAAGCGAAAUCGGCAGUCUGUUCACCUUGUUCCUACACACCCCUUUGCUUGGUUUCUGUUCCGUUUCGGAUAUCGGUAAUUUGGACCAAGCUAAAUGGGACGAAUGCGUCGCACUUAUUAGUACGAUGGAAAAAGCCGUCGGUGAUAUGUUGCUUGCAGAUCCGAAUGUCGAUAUUCACGUCAAGCGAUUCAUGUCAGACGACUUUUUAUGGUAUUUUAUUGUACGUUUUGUAUUAUGUGGUAUCAUUCUGAGGUGCCACUUUUCAUUUAAAGAGGAAAAGUCAUUUCCGACGUCUUUUCCUGCUUUACCUGAAAGUGUCUAUGUUGCUCCGGAUAUUAUCAACAUGUUCCAUGAGCUCACCAUGAUUGCGGAUGUGAAUACCUACUUUAGCUUGCCUUACGCCACUCCCGCUCCCACCGAAGCAUAAACCCAGUAGAAAAAAAUACCAUGAUUUUCCCCAGUUAAUCUGUUCUCCAUAUCACCAUUAUCAUUAAUGUCCACUUAUAAGAAUAACCUAAUAGGCCCUACGAUGGUGAAAACGAUAUAAAUAUUAUCAUCACUU